GGUCACCGGAAGACGGCGGAUGGGCUGCCGGGCGCUGGUACCCAGACGCGGGCCAUGGCGCCGGCGCAGCGCUGUCCCCUGUGCCGCCAGACCUUCUUCUGUGGUCGCGGGCACGUUUACAGUCACAAGCACCAGCGGCAGCUGAAGGUGGCUUUGGAGCGGCUGCUGCCCCAGGUGGAGGCCGCGCGCAAGGCUGUCCGCGCCGCGCAGGUGGAGCGGUACGUGCCGGAGCACGAGCGGCGCUGCUGGUGUCCGUGCUGCAGCUGCGAGGUGCGGAAGCACCUGAGCCACGCCAACCUGACGGUGCUGCACGGCGGGCUGCUGGAGCACCUGGCCAGCCCAGAGCACAGGAAAGCAACCAAUAGGUUCUGGUGGGAGAACAAGGCCGAGGUCCAGAUGAAAGAGAAAUUUCUGAUCUCUCAGCAGGAUUACACACGCUUCAAGAAAUCCAUGAUAAAAAGUCUGGAUUCCUAUGAGGAAAAAGAGGACGAGAUGAUCAAACAGAUGGCAGCUCAGAUCCGGGAGGUGGAGCAGAGCCGGCAGGAGGUGGUUCGGUCUGUCUUAGAGCCUCAGGCAGUGCCAGACCCAGAAGAGGGCUCUUCGGCACCUGGAAACUGGACAGUUGAUAGCCACGUGGCCACCACCUCACAGCAGCCUUCCUAUGUGGACCUGCCAGCAGCCCCUGAGUUUGACUGGAUGGAGGCAGGACAGUCUUUAACCUUCAUUGGCCAUCAGGACACACCAGGUGUUGGCAACAUCCACUCAGGUGCUACGCCACCCUGGAUGGUCCAAGAUGAGGAGCAGUGCUCCAAGAACCAACAAAUAGGACCCUCCUAUGAAGAGUUCCUUAAAGAAAAGGAGAAGCAGAAAUUAAAGAAACUGCCCCCGGAUCGAGUUGGGGCCAACUUUGACCACAGUUCCAGCACAGGCACGGGCUGGCUGCCCUCUUUUGGGCGAGUCUGGAACAAUGGGCGGCGCUGGCAGUCAAGGCAUCAGUUCAAAACUGAAGCUGCAGCACGGAACAGACAGUCGGAUAAAAAGAGCUAAUGGCACCCAUCGCAAGGUUCAAAGCCCACAGAUUCCACAAACAUGCUGUUACCUUGUUGAAGAAACACACACAUCC